AGUAGGUAACAUGGGGUCAUACUGACAUAACGGCAUGCUGACCCGAAAUAACUCUUGCCGUGCUGUGUUAGACAUUUUUUAUCCUGACCGCGGAUUCUUAGCUUGUGAAUUUAACCGGAGUUGCAAGUGUUUAUCCUCAAGUAUCAUGUGAGCAUAAGCCAUUUUAGUAUGACAACCAGCCAUCUACCUCAGGGCCCCGGAGGCUCCUCCCAUGGAAACUAGGUCAUGUUAAAAAUGCCUCCACCAAAAAAACCAAAGAAUGGACCAACCAGUGUUGAGCAGUUUCUUUCUAAAGAGGAACUCCAGGUGCUUGGCAAAGACAAGCGGGGCAAACUAGUUCAGCAUGGAGAAGUUUCAAUGCCAGCACCCCCUUCACGCAUACAGCCUAGCCCCCCUUCGAGGGAUCAGGCUAGACCCCCCUCGAGGGAUCAGGCUAGACCCCCCUCGAGGGAUCAGGCUAGACCACCUUCGAGGGAUCAGGCUAGACCCCCUUCGAGGGAUCAGGCUAGACCCCCUUCGAGGGAUCAGGCUAGACCCCCUUCGAGGGAUCAGGCUAGACCCAGGGUGCAGCAUAGCCCAGCCAUGCAGGGCAGCUCCACCAGUGCAGGGCUCCUGGAGCGACUGUUCAGCUCUCACCCAGGGGACAGCCCCUGGCCGCCUCCGGUUGUUCCUCCCAGUACAUCUCCCUCUAUCUUGGCCUCACUGUUCAGCGCUGAGGAGACCAUUUUGCUCAAACCUCAAAACUACCUCGGCAGAGUCCACCCCGCCUUCACGCUACCUCCCUCAUCUACCUCAGCCUACCCCCACCCCCCAGGCAGCAGACCAGUGGCCAGCUUGCUGGAUUUGUCAUUCAAGAAAAAAGAUGAUGCAACAAACUCCUUCAUGGUGGCAGCAUUGCUUGACGGUCCCCGGCUGGACCCCAGUCAUGUCAUGGUCGCUCCCCCACCCCUGGGGCUAACUGGACUACUCAAGAUCAACUUUCAAUCUACCUCACUACUCGCAGCAGAUACCUCACUACUCGCAGCAGUCAAACAAGAACAUCAGUCUGACUUGGCCCACCAUUCUGACUUGGCCCACCAUUCUGACUUGGCCCAUCAUUCUGACUUGGCCCAUCAUUCUGACUUGGAUCAAGAGAAUGAAGCACCUGACUGCAAGUCUCCUAAGGUUGAGAGGUGCGGGGAGGGCCGGAUGGUUUCUCCCAGUUCAUGUAUGCAAGUCCUGCCCUUAGGAUGUUCUGGGGAAGUUCUACAGGCAGCCACCUCAACCACCCCUGAGAGCUUCCUCAUGGAUGGGCCCAGCCCACCCCUGCACAUGAAGCAGGAGAUGGGGGCUGCUGUUUCAGGAAGUCAGGCCAAGCUAUGCCAGGUGUGUAAUGACAACGCUUCAGGCUUCCACUAUGGCGUCUGGUCCUGUGAGGGCUGCAAGGCUUUCUUCAAGAGAAGUAUACAAGGUCCAGUGGACUACAUCUGCCCAGCUACAAACACCUGUACUAUAGAUAAACACAGACGGAAAAGCUGUCAAGCAUGUCGGCUUCGAAGAUGUUAUGAAGUUGGGAUGAACAAAGGAAGUCAAAGAAAGGAAAGGAAGAGCAGUGCUAAUGGUGCAGGUCUCAAAGGCAAGAGGUGCAGGGCUGACUCUUCUGACUCAUCCAUCAACUCCACAAACAGCGCUGCCUGCUCCUCUAAAGCAGGCAAAAGGUCCAGAAGUGCAUCAAUCCUUGAGGCCCUGCAGAAGGCUGACCUUCCUGUACUAGAGAGCUACCACAACCACAGCCUCCCAGCCACACGUGUCCACUUGCUCAACACUUUGAUUAAAUUAGCCGACAGGGAGCUCGUCUACCUGAUUAAUUGGGCCAAACAUGUGCCAGGUUAUACCUGUCUGACCCUAAGUGACCAGGUGCACCUAAUAGAGUGUUGCUGGAUGGAACUUUUGCUGCUCAACUGUGCGUUUAGGUCUAUGGAACAUGAAGGCAGGACGCUGGUUUUUGCACCUGACUUUCAUCUCGACAGACACCAGUGGUCUGUGACUGGGAUGGGAGACGUGCUGGAACAGGUGGCUGCUGUCUCAGAACAGAUGGUGCUGCAUAGUCUCAACAAGGAGGAACUGCUGCUACUUCAAGCUACAGUCUUGGUCAAUGCAGAAGUACGACGCUUGGAUAGCUUUACCAAACUUCAAGAGAUGCGGCAAGUUAUUCUGGACGUCUUCAUGGAAGUUGGUGGCCGGCACCAAGGCUAUGGCAGUUGGCGCCACGCCCCUUCCAUUCUGCUACUGCUGACCCACAUCAGGCAAGCAGGGGAGCGGGGAAUCACUUACUUCCAGCGCCUCAAGAUGGAAGGGUGCGUCACAUUCUGCGACUUGCUGACAGAAAUGCUGGAUGCCCACAAUUCUUCCGGUGAAAGACGACGACUUCAACAGCAACAACAUCAACAACAUCAACAUCACCCGUCCCAGCACCACUCAUCACACCAUCCCUCACAGCACCCAAUGGCGCCAGAAUGAAGUGUUUUGACGGCCAGGAGUUAGCUAACUGUGAUCGUGGGACAGCCACCAAUGUGGGGGCUGUCACACACCUGUCAGACAGCUGGUCAACUUCUCCGGUGACCCUCUCAAUCGUGGAGGACAGCAGACAGUUUUUCAUGUGCUACAAUGACCUUGACACGUAAAUAGAUUGUUCCAUCCCAACUAGUGAUCAAUUAGCCAGACUGUUGUAGCCACAACUAGCCACUUGCCGCGUCCUGACACAGUGGGCCAGCAGUCACAACUGGACUGUCGUGUGUUGCUCCAUCGCUGUCAAACUCUGUACAAGUUUUUAAUAAACAAUGGUUCUCACUAUAACAA